ACAGUGAUGCGCACAGUGACUGUGAGAGAGAAUGUAGAGUUCUCAGCAGCUCUUCGACUUCCACUGUCUAUAACAAGAGAUGAAAAAACGAAACGAAUUAAUGAGGUCCUUGAACUUCUGCAUCUGAAUGAGGAGUCAAAUGUCAAGCCUAGCUCUAAGGAGCUCAUGAAGAGGACCAGUAUAGCAAUGGAGCUGGUCACCGAGCAUCCCAUUUUGUUCCUGGAUGACCCCACCACUGACUUAGACUUGAGAACUAUUACUGAUGUCUUCUGGGUCCUGAAAAGAUCAGAUCAGUGCCUCAUGGAGAAGGUUGCACCAUGGGACGUGAAGAUGUCAGCAGGAGCCUGA